UGAAGCGAAACAUGAAACUUGACGACCAGAAAUGUGGGCGGGGCCCCAGGCGGAUGUUCGCUCAAGCGUGGAGCAGAAAGUUCACGGUCGUCUUCGUGUCGUGUUUGUGUGUUGUCAUGGUGAUGACACUGUUGACGUGUUACCAACGCUACACCGAGUGGGUGUGGCAGGUCGAGGAGAGCCAGCGGGCCAUGGCUUGGGAAGGCUUUGGCCCGGAGAAAGGUCUGUACAACUUCACCGUGGUGACCGCCAUGCUGGACAUUGGCCGGGGGACGUGGACGUCCCAAGUCCGGCCGUACAACAUCUACCUGCUGUACAUGCAGCGUCUGCUGAGGAUGGACGUCAACAUUGUCGUCUAUGUUGACGUCAAGGCCAGGCCGUUCAUUGAGUGGAUGCGGCGGGGCAGGGAGGGCCGGACACGGGUGGUGCUGGUCCGUCUGGAGGAGCUGCCCUACUACAGGUACAGAGAUCGAAUGUCUGAGAUCAUGAGAAGUCCCGAGUACCAGCGGGACAAUGAGCUGUACCAGAAGAAGCUGUGCGAGUCCUACGUGCCGGAGUAUGAUAUCCUACAGCUCUCGAAGCUGUACUUCGUCGAGAGAACCGUAAGAGAGAAUCCUUUCAAAAAUACUUACUUCAUGUGGAUGGAUGGUGGAUAUGGGCACGGUAAAAACGUUUAUCCAUCGGAUGAAUUAUGGAUUCCCAAAAAUCUCUUUGAAUAUCCAGACAAAAUCACGUUCAUUGAAAGAGAACCGGGCGUCAAACAGUUCGAGGCUAGGAAAAACAUCCUCCACAAAAUCAGCAUCAACAUACUUCAGGGGUUGUUUUUCGCUGGGGGCGGGGAGGCGUUUCUGGAGCUGUACCGGCUGCAGCAGGAGCAGGUGGUCGAGUGGAUGGAGCAGGGAGUCGUGGACGAUGACCAGACCAUGUACAUGCUGAUCUAUUACAAGAAACCAAGUUUGUUUCGUUUGGUCGCAGGGGAUUGGUAUGACGUGUUUACACUUUUUAACCAGCGCGGGCUAUCGUGAUGUUAUGAUGACUUAAU